UUAUUUUAAGCUUUCCCAGUGGUGGAAGGAAGUUGCUGCCGUUGGCUUCGAGCUCCUUAGUAACGCACGCACGCACGCACGCCACAAGGGGGCGCCGCUUCAGGGCAGGAGGGUGAGCCGACUGGCUGGUAGGCUGACGCGAGUGUUGUUGAUAGAGCCAAAAGGAAGGAGGGAGGCAGGCAGUGGCGGUUGGUGGCGCGAGACUUUCAGCGCGCCGUGCGUGACGCGGCGUUCUGAGGAAAGGGGAAGGUCGAAGGAGGAGUAACGGGGUGAAGACAGGCGAGGCGAAGUGUGAGUGGCGGCUGCAGCUGCUUCUAUUGCUGCGGCGGCGCCGGCGGCGGUUGCUGCUGCGUGAGGGGACACGAUGUGAAGCUUCCACACGGCCCGGCAGGGCAGUCGGCGGUGACGCCCGGCACGCGGCGAAAGCUUCACUAUGAAGCAAGGUGGAUGGAGAAAACGAGCCAGUGAUAGAGAUGGCUGGGGGACAUGGGGAGGAUAUAUGUCUGCCAAAGUCCAGAAACUGGAGGAUCAGUUCCAUUCAGAAGCAGCUAUGCAACAUCAAAAAGAUGGAACUUCAUCUAGUAUCUUUAAUGGAGUCGCCAUCUAUGUCAAUGGCUUUACAGAUCCUUCAGCUGAUGAACUGAGGCGGCUAAUGAUGUUGCAUGGAGGUCAAUAUCAUGUAUACUAUUCUAGAUCCAAAACAACACACAUUAUUGCAACAAAUCUUCCAAAUGCCAAAAUAAAAAAACUCAGUGGGGAAAAAGUAGUUCGACCAGAAUGGAUAAUAGAUAGCAUAAAGGCUGGACGGCUCCUUUCAUACAUUCCAUAUCAGCUUUACACAAAACAGUCAAGUUUCCAAAAAGGCCUCUGUUUUAAUACCAUAUGCAAAUCCGAAGAACCUAUCCCAGGUCCUAGCAAUAUCUCUGUGGAUAUCAACAGGGUAAAUUGUCUAGUAAAGAAGCAUGAAGUAGAGAAUGAAAUCAAAGCUAAUGGAAUAUGGAAAUCAAACAUGGAAGAUGAGACUGAAGAUACAGGAGUCUUGGAUUUGGAGCAAGCCUUUUCUGUUAACAAACAGAAUGGAAUUUAUCAUAGAGACAGCAUUUCCAUUUUCAAUGGACAUACUCAUAGUUCCAACAGUGCCUUAAAGAUACAGGAUAGCUUGGUGUACUCUGGCAACAAUGUUGCAAGCAGACUGUCUCCAACUCCUGUGCAAGAGGAGGAAAGGAAAGAAAUCACUGACUUUAGAGACUGCUCUAUGCAGCAUUUGCAACAAAGCAACAAAAAUACAGAACUUUUACGGAAUCCUCAUAGGACUAUGAGUAACUCAUCUUUUUCAUCUUUGCACAGUAAUAUUAAAAUAAAUGGUGCUCACCACUCUACAGUUCAGGGGCCUUCAAGCACAAAAAGCACUACUUCAGUACCUGAUCCUAGUAAGGUAGAUCCACCUCUGUCCAAACCUUCAAACUGCAAUUUCAUUUCUGACUUUUACUCUCAUUCAAGAUUGCAUCAUAUAUCUACUUGGAAGUGUGAAUUUACAGAGUUUGUCAGUACACUGCAGAGACAAAACAGUGCUAUCUUCCCAGGAAGAGAAAAGUUAAAAAAAAUGAAAGCAGGACAAUCUACAAUUAAUAAAGCUGACUCAGAUUGUGCAUCUAUCAUGAGCUCAACCAAACAUCAGAGCUGUAUAAUGCAUGUGGAUAUGGACUGCUUCUUUGUAUCAGUGGGUAUCCGAGAUAGACCAGAUCUAAAAGGGAAACCAGUUGCUGUCACAAGUAACAAAGGAUCAGGAAAAUCAUUGCUUCGUCCUGGUGCAAACCCACAGUUGGAAUGGCAAUAUUAUCAGAAAAAAAUAUUGAAUGGCAAAACAGCAGGAACUGGUGAACUGGAUUCAACAGAUGAAGAUAGCCUAGAUUCUACCCAAAUGAAUGGAAUUGACUUUGAAAUCUCUGUGCCAUCAAUGGCUGAAAUUGCAUCUUGCAGUUAUGAAGCCAGGCAAGCUGGUAUAAAGAAUGGAAUGUUCUUUGGACAAGCAAAACUAUUGUGUCCAAAUCUUCAAGCUGUCCCCUAUGACUUUCAGGCAUACAAAGAAGUCGCACAAAUCAUGUAUGAAACUCUGGCAAGCUAUACUCAUAACAUUGAAGCAGUCAGUUGUGAUGAAGCACUAGUAGACAUCACUGAAAUUCUUGCAGAGACUGGAUUGACAGCAGAAGAACUAGCAAACGUUAUCCGUUCUGAAAUAAAAACAAAGACCAAGUGUCCUGCUUCCAUUGGAAUAGGUUCAAAUAUUUUGCUGGCUAGAAUGGCAACUCGCCAAGCAAAGCCAGAUGGACAAUAUCACUUAAAGCCAGAAGAAGUGGAUGACUUUAUCAGAAGCCAGCUUGUUAUCCAUCUUCCAGGAGUUGGUAGGACAAUGGAAUCUAAGUUGUCGUCUUUGGGUAUAAAAACUUGUGGAGAUCUACAAUGUGUCACAAUGUCAAAACUUCAGAAAGAAUUUGGUCCAAAAACAGGACAAAUGCUCUACAGAUUCUGCCGUGGUUUGGAUGAUAGGCCUGUUCAGAGAGAGAAAGAGAGAAAAUCCGUUUCAGCUGAGAUCAACUAUGGUAUAAGAUUUACCCAGCCAGAAGAAGCAGAAGCUUUCCUUUUGAGCCUUUCAGAAGAGAUCCAGCAUAGAUUGGAAGCUGUUGGUGUGAAAGGCAAACGAUUAACACUCAAAAUUAUGGUCAGAAAACCUGGGGCCCCAACAGAACCUGCAAAAUUUGGAGGCCAUGGAAUCUGUGACAAUGUUGCUAGGACUGUGACUCUCAACCAUGCAACAGAUAGCGCCAAAGUGAUUGGUAAAGAAAUAUUAAACAUGUUUCACACGAUGAAAUUGAAUAUUUCUGAUAUGAGAGGGGUUGGAAUUCAAGUACAUCAGUUAGUUCCAGUUAAUAAAACAAUUUCAGCUGUUUCCUCUCGCUCAUCAGUACACUCUGGAUUUUUACCUGGUGGAUCAAAUUCCAUUAUCGAUCUUCUGCAAGUCCCCAAAGGUAUAAAGACUUUAGAAGAACGCCACAAGGAAGUAUUUGUGGCUGCUGUGGAUGUUGAAAUUUCUUCCACAUCAAAAGCAUGUACAGUGCUACCGUCUCUUGCAUCUAAUGUCAAUUAUGUUACCAGCAAAUCUGAACCUGCAGUCAGUUUGAAUGGUUUGCACACACCAAUCAAUAUAAAAUCAAGACUUAAUUUAAGUAUUGAGGUACCAUCACCUUCCCAGCUGGAUCAGUCUGUUUUGGAAGCACUCCCUUCUGAUCUUCGAGAACAAAUAGAACAAAUGUAUUCUCUUCAACAAGCAGAGACAUGCAAUAGUAGCAAGAAGGAGCCAGUUAAUGGAUACAACACUAAUUUUCCACAACAGCCCGUUGGAGCAGUUCUCUUACAAAUACCAGAUCUCAAAGAACCAAGCAAUGAUACAGGAAUAAAUGUAAUAGCACUGCCAGCAUUUUCACAGGUGGACCCUGAAGUAUUUGCUGCAUUACCUUCAGAGUUGCAGGAGGAGCUGAGACAGGCAUAUGAUCAAAGACAAAAACAUAUAGAGACAAUUUUUCAGCAAAGUACCACUGUGGCAAAGAAUCCAUUGCUGAACUUGAAACCAAUUAUGAAAACCAAGAAAAAAAGCAGGAAAAAAACCCAAGUCAGCCCAGUAAAAAAGAACCAUAGUCCUUUGAAAAACAAACUCUUUGGAAGCCCUGUAAAAAAUAUGGCAAUUUCUGUUGGAAGCCCACAGAAAUUAUUAGAUGGCUUUUUGAAACAGGAAGGAGCAACCACUAACAACUCUCAGAUGGAAUUGGCACAAACCUCUGCAAAUACUUCCAGCCCAUCCAUUUCACAGCCACUAUUGUCUGCCACUACUAAGGCUCCUAAUUUAGCUGGAGCUGUUGAGUUCAAUGAUGUAAAAGCCUUACUCAAGGAAUGGAUUACAACUAUAGCAGAUCCCAUGGAGGAGGACAUCCUACAAGUUGUGAAGUACUGCACUGAUUUGAUAGAAGAAAAGGAUUUAGAAAAGCUGGAUCUGGUUGUCAAGUAUAUGAAAAGGCUAAUGCAACAGUCUGUGGAAUCAGUUUGGAACAUGGCAUUUGACUUCAUUCUUGAUAAUGUUCAAGUGGUUUUGCAACAAACUUAUGGAAGCACAUUGAAAGUUAUCUGAACUGAUCUUAUAGGAAAGGAUGUGGCAAGAGCCUGGAGCUCUCUGGUAGCUGUGCCAUAAGUGCUUGUGAGGUAUUUGCAAAGUGCAUGAUAGUAAAAGCUAAGUUUUUAUAAGUUCCUUUUUUUUAAAGAAGAAAGUGUUUUGUACAUUUCCUUUCAAGAAAGUGCCAAAAUUUGUCAGUAUUGCAUGUAAAUAACUGUGUUCAAAUUCUUUUAUUGUAGUAUAGAAUCUAUUUACAAAAUGUUUGUUUAUAAAAGUUUUAUGGAUUUUUACAGUGAAGUGUUUACAGCUGUUUAAUAAAGAACUGUAUGUAAUUUGUACA